CAAACAGCUCAACAGAUCAGCAAUCCCAACACUCUCUUCAAUAUCAGGCCUUAAUCUUCAUCGGCAUUUAUUGCUAAACAAUACAUUUCCUUCAAAAUGAAGUUCUUCGCUGCUGCCGCUCUCUUUAUCGCCGGCGUCCUUGCCGCCCCGUCACCUAAUGCUGCCAACUCCGUCACCCCUCUUUGCAAUCCUGGCCUUUAUUCCAACGCGCAGUGCUGUGCCGUUGAUGUACUGGGAGUUGCUGACUUGAACUGUGCGACUCCUCCUGGCGUUGUUAACAACGCCGCUGAGUUCCAGGCUGCUUGUGCUAAGAUUGGCCAAGAGGCUCGCUGCUGUGUUCUCCCUGUUCUUGGCCAAGAUGUCUUGUGCGAAACCCCCCUUGGAUUGUAAAUGACCUCUGGGUUAGCAGACGCUGCGUCUUUUCCACAUUAGUGGAAGUCUGUAUCUGGUGAGAUAGAGAAGAGCUUGUUGGAAAUCAGAGUUUAAAUGUGUUGAUAGAGAUAUGAUCUGCUAUUUAGCCCAAUAUUAUAAUAUGAAUGGCACAUCAAAUUAAAUUAAAACCCCAGAAACCUGAAAAUAUU